AUGCUUUCUGGGGAUCAAAAUGAAGGUGUGUCUAUGGCACACCAUGCAGCGGCGGUGGCUUCUGCUACAGCCCGUGUUCCCCCUCUGGUGAUCAAUGCCCCCCCGCGUAGAGAUCCUGCGCCUACAGGUCUCUUUGGUGCUGACCCUAGCUCGGUGGGUGAUCUAGCGGACGAUGCCCUGAUACCACGGCUAGGUUACAACCACAAGGUGGAGCCUGACAAGCCGAUUGACAUCGUCUUUCUAUUUGUUCAUGGCGCGUCAUUUUCCAGUAAGUUGUUUGACGCCAACCUAAAGGAGUUUCUUGGAUGUUUAACUCAAGUAAAUGACGAGUGGUUUUGGGAGUUGAGUCUGAGUUAUCACAUCGAAAUGAUAGAUUGGAAGUCGUGUUUGGCUCCAUAUCAGUUUAAGAGCAUUAGCCGUUGCAUGCCAAUUGAAUCAAUGUACGAAAGUGAAGAUGGUGGUGGAUCGCCGAAUGAUGAUGACCCAGCACUCAACAGACAAGCCACAGUUGUCCAGGCCGCCGGCAUGGACCCGGUAAGGUUCGGUUCGAGACUUGGUGUCUUCGGUUUAGAUGAUGCCAACACACCGCGGAGCGUGUCUAGUAGACGCUGCUCUGCCGAAUUGGUUACCGCAAAUGAGACUCCCCGAAGCUUCAUGUCACGCAUCUUUCGCUGGAAUUCAGACGACUCCAAAAAGGAGAAAAAAUCCCGCAACUCACGCUCUGGAAGUGACGACCUGAAAAUUAACGGUCUGCAAGGGGAGGCACUGCAAGGGGAAACACCCCAAGGGCAGACACUGCAAGGGGGGGAACUGCUUGGGGAGAGAUCGCAAGGGGAGAGACCGCAAGGGGAGAGACCGCAAGGGGAGAGACCGCAAGGGGAGAGACCGCAAGGGGAGAGACCGCAAGGGGAGGGACCGGGUCCUGGCCGGGAGGGCGUCCGUGCUAAAACGUUGGGCUUUGCGGGGGCGUUGGAAGGACUGCUGAACAACGUGAUGAGGAGUAGUUCGACCAAAUCCAAGGACCCCAUCGACCAGACAGAGGACCUGGUAAGGAUGUCAAGCAUGCAGCCUGUCCGCGUUGGCAGCCAUGACGAACCCGCUAUGGUGCCCAUCAACGCUGCCGCCGCCGCCGGAGAUUCCCCAAUUACGUCUUGGUCCUGA